AUGAAGUGGCCUUAUCAGAAAGAAAAGGGCGAAAAUGAGUGCGAAGAAAGCAGCAAUAAUGACAACGCUCUUCAUACACAAAGCGGGUUGAGGGAUGUUCCCAUUGCGACGAUGGUACAACCGCAGCUGCACUUUGCCGGGGAGGAGAUGGGAGUAUACCCACAAGCAGCCAGCAACAGACCCAUGUUCCAGUUUCAAGCGUCCUCCUCUUCCUCUCCGAGAUACGAGCUCGCAGACAUGGGUGGGUUCAAUGAACAGAUCAUUCCUCCAAAUCUGGUCGAUCCUGUGCCUCAAAACCACGUGCAGCUUCCUUUCAACGACGUAGUGGGACCCUUUCCUGCUCCAAUGAUGUGCAUGCCUGGAAGUCAUCAACACGUACAACAAGUACAACCUUUCUACGAGACAAUGCAGGGUAUGUAUGCUUAUUUGUGA